CCUGAGAUCAGUCUGAGAAAGAAGGGCAAGGGACUAGACCACGAGCAUAAUCUCCUGUUGAUCAGUUAUGGAAAGCAUACAUGCUCUGUAUGUGUCUGUGCUGCUCUGUGCCCUUCUGCUCGGCUCCCUGCCUCCUACAGGAGCAGAGGAAAGUGAUGCAGCCGGCAGGAGGGAGGAGAGGGAGAAACGAAGCCUCCCCUACUGGGGCCUGUGGUCGUCAGACUUUUUUGGGUGGUUGGAGGAGCUUCGAGCUCAGGCAGCUCAUGAAGGGAUGGAGGACCUGGCUCGUACCUUCUGGGCUCACUUCCCCAUCGGCAGCAAUCUGGGCUAUGAUAGUCCCGAGUCUGACCCUCAACCUGAGGAGUGAGGCAGAGGAGAAACCAGGUGUGGAUAAGAGAGAUUAAAGAGUCUAAGGGCAAGUAGAAGUCACCUUUUAACAUGUGUUCAGACAAUCAACAGCAGCUUGGAGACUACUAGAUAUUGUAACCCUUUUGUUAAUCUUAAUGUUGGCUUUUGUAU